GUCUUAAGACAGUCGGGCGCGAACUAACAAACCCGCCGGAUGCAGAACGGAUCUCGCUUGCUAAUUUAUUUUUAUAAAGUCGCUUAAAUAAUUGUUAUAUUGUGUCACUAAUUAUUAUUAUUGUUAUUAAACGUUUGGUGUAAAGUGUGCAAGCACGUGACCUGUUUUAAAAAUUAAAUAUCUCACCGGAAGUUUAUAAUUAUGUUUCAUUGCUCCGUGUAGAAUAAACUAUUUGCACGUGCAUUCAGUACUCGGUAAAACUUUUCACUCAUUGUACAGAUAGUUGUAGUCUAUUCUGUUAUUACUUAUCAUUAUAAUUAAUAUCAUUUAUAAAUAUUUAUUUGUGAGUAAUUAUGAUUGGUGGGUUAGUUUUGAGUGAUACAAAUGCCAGUAAAAUGACGAGUAAUGCAAUAAGAGGAAUACGCAGAAAAAAAAGUUCACUUUGUGAAGUUAAAGUUGCUGUUAUUGGUGCUCCAGGUGUUGGCAAAAGUGCCUUGACUGUGAGAUUCUUGACGAGGCGUUAUAUCGGCGAGUAUGACCAUCAACAAGAAAAUCGGUAUAAACACGAGGUACUUGUUGAUGGUGAGCCGAUACUUUUUGAAAUAUUAGACUCAUGUCCAAAGAGUGAAGAAGAAAUGCCAACAAUGGAAACAUUGCAAUGGGCGGAUGGUCUUCUAUUAGUUUAUUCAAUAACCGAUCGAGGUUCCUUCAACUUUGUAAGAAAAGCGAAACAAGCACUUGCGGUGGCCGACCCAGAAGCAGCGAUGCCUUUAGCUUUGGUUGGAAACAAAGCAGACAUGGUUCACUUACGUCAGGUCAGCACUGAAGAGGGUGAAAUUUUGGCCAAAGACUUUGAGUGUUGGUUUAGUGAAGUUACUGCUGCCGAACAGGUAGCCCAGAUCGCUGAAUCAUUUCAUGAAUUAUGCAGAGAAGUUUUAGCUGCGAGAAGACGGAAUAAACAGUCGCUAUUGGAUCGUAUGCUCGGAAGUAAAGCUACUAAAGCUUACUCACGAGGAAAAAGUGAUUCUGCUUUACCUAAAGAUUAAUUAACUACUCAUAUUUAUAAUUACUAAACUACCUUAAAUGUACAGACGAGUAUUUUUUUAUAUGUACUAAUAUUUUUUUUUUUUUUAUUAUUAUUUCACCUCAAAUUUGUUAAUUGUUCAAUCCACAAUUUUACCGAAAGUUAUUAAUUAAUAAAAUAGAUACUAACAUAA